AUGGACAUUUACACCGACGGAUCCGUCAGGGAUACGGAACGCGCCAAGUGGGGUGGCAGCGGCAUCGCAAGGUUCCAGGAUGGAUGGUGGGUGGGCAAAAGCUUUGGUAUCGGCAAGGGCUGCACAGUGAGCCGAGCUGAGAUCCGAGGCAUUUGCGAGGCGAUCUCGUGGGCCGUGGACAUGCUGGUGGCCGAUCCGGGCGCGUUCAACAAGCUCAUCGUGCACUGCGAUAGCGUCAGUGCUAUGGAGGAGUGCCGAGAUUUCUUCAUCAACCCACCGUCCGGAGCGUUCGAAUGGCUGGGUCUUAUGUUCCUCUAUCGCGUACGGGCGCUCCGUCUACACGGCGCCGAACUGGUCUUUCAAUGGGUGAAAGGGCACAGCGGCAAUGCCGGAAACGACUGUGCCGAUGAUUUGGCAAAGAGAGGUUCAGCCGCCGCAUUGGAAGAGGGAGCAAAGGUCAGCACGUUCACAGAAGACCUUGAAUGCUAUCGCCUCGGCAAGGAGUGGACCGAAUGGACGACUUCGGCCAUAGGGUGA